AUAGACGCAAGUCAUCAGAAUCCCGUGCUUCCUUCGUUUCCAGCUUGGAAAUUGGAAUGAGCCCAACGCCCUCGCGAAUUGAUGAAACAAGCUCUACAGCUCCUUCCUGGCGAGGCGCAGAUCUAACUUUGUGUGGACACGACGCGUUCACACGACACUUACCUAGACUAAGACAUGGUGCUCAGAUCCUACGUAUAAGGUAUGUAAACCUUAAACAGCCAAGCCUUCCUGGAAAAGUUUGAAAGAGCAGGGGGGAAAUGGGGUUCAAUAUGGAGGUUGUAAGGGGGUUGAAACUGGGAAGUGAAUCAGUGCCUCUCUAUGUCCAUGGUACUGUAAGGUACCUCCGAUCUACAAGGCUUACAAGCAGCUAUCCCUUGUUCCUUCCUAACUAUCGUAUUCUACAGUUUGCACGGAUGAACCAGCUUGGCGUGUAUUCAUUAUGGAGCAUAUCAGAGGAGCAAUCCCGCAUCCCCAAGGCAUUCUCACCAUUUUGCUCGAGCCUCGAACCCAAAACUCUCAAUCUGGCAUCCUGCAGCGCUUUGCCGACUCCGUGGGUGGAACGGAGGUACUGUGUAUGUACUCCGUACAUACGGAGUACAACGGACAGGCUUGCACUUCUUAUCCAUUAUUGUAUUGUACAUGGCGACAACGCCACACAAGUCAAGCCUAUCCUAUUCCAUACGAGCAAAUCCGCUGCGGGCCGCACCCGAUCAUGCGCAAUACUGCAUUUGAGCAUCUCGGGCUUUUAUAAAGUGGGUAGGAGCUACUGUAUUAGCUUCCUGUAUUUAUUGUGGCUCGGCUGGGCAUCUCCCAUCUUUAACUUCAAGCCACCCCAACCACAGGAAAUACCACCCAAUUAUUUCAUCGUUUUUCAGUCUGCCGCCAAUUCCUGCGCUUCCGGGCUCGGAUUCACGUACGGAGGUACGGAUAACGUUACGUACCCUCUUUGCGACCAUGCCGUGGUGGGCUAAUGCGAGACGGAUGGCGCUCAAAACGAAGCCAGACUGGUCGAUUAACGGAAACACAUUUCGAUAUCCGUAUGGGAGGCUGACAUUGACUUGACCGCCGUUUCGGCGGAGGGAGGGCGUCCCCGUCACCUCAACCGAAGAGACAUCCCUGAGCCUCCGCACCUUCGCUAGACGGUACC